CUAUUGACUUAUGAAUAUCUUUCACAGAAAGUAUCAAGACUGGAUUAAAGAUAUUCCACUUCGACUUUAUUUUCUGGCUUUGAUAGCUACCUUUGGAGGUUCUACAGUAGGCAUAGAUAUUGCACUAGUUAAUGGAGCACAAUUAUUUUUUGUCAAACACUACCAGCUGGGUGCAACUCUACAUGGACUUACAACAGCUGCAACGUUAUUAGGGGCCCUAAUUGGCUCAAGCUUUUCUACUUUUAUCAAUUCUUUUGUUGGCAGAAAAGGCGCUCUAGGUGUUGCUUCUUUUGUUGCAGUUGGAGCUGGAAUAAUGGAAGCUUUGGUCAAUAUUUGGGGUUUAUUAUUGACAGCUAGAAUUAUUCUGGGAGUCUCCUUUGGAAUAUUCAGUUCAACAGUUCCUAUCUACUUGUCAGAGUGUGCUCCAGCCAGAGUUCGAGGAAUGCUGACCGGAACUUAUCAGCUCUCUGUUACUUUGGGUUUAUUUUUCGGAGCAGUUUCUGACGCCAUUUUUGUUAAUGUUUCCAAUGGUUGGAGAUUUAUGUUGGGAACUGUUAUUAUUCCACCAUCGUUAUGCAUAACAGGAUUACUGUUUACUCCAGAGUCACCAAGGUGGCUUAUUCACAAAAGAAGAUAUCCUCAAGCUUUGGCUUCUCUUCGAAAGUUACGAACAACCGAAGCUGAAGCUAUUCAAGAUAUGAAUUCUAUCAAAGAAAAUAUCACAAGAACUGCUAGAGAAAGAAGUGGUCAUGGCAUCAUUUCUAAAAUAAUAACAAUUCCACAUAUUCGUCAUGCUCUUGUGAUUGGGAUAUUCUUGCAGCUUUCGAGACAGUUAUCGGGUGUGAACGCAAUGCUAUAUUAUUUCGAUGUUGUACUUCGUUCUGCUGGAAUGUCUGUUUCUCAUGCUGUUUAUGUGAAUGUUGCAUAUGGAGCUGGAACUGUUAUUUUCACACUUCCCAUGUUUUGGAUUGUGGAUCGAUUUGGAAGAAGAGUGCUACUAGUGUACACGAUGCCUAUCAUUGCUUGUAUGUCUCUACUGGUUGGAUUGGCAUUUUUAGGUUCCAGUCAGAUUCGCAUGGCUUUGAGUAUUGUUGGCUUUCUAUUAUUUCGUCUAUUCUAUAGUCCUAGUUUGGGUCCUAUUUCAUGGGUCAUUACUGCUGAAAUAUUUCCUUUGGAAGUUCGAUCUGAGUGUUUGAGUAUUUGUACUUUCUUUAGUUAUGCAUUCAACUUUGUUGUUUCAUUUUCAUUUCCUGAUAUGAUGGAUCAAAUGAAGACAGAAGGAGCCUUCGCCUUCUUUGCCGGUUGUACAAUAAUAGAUUGGAUUAUUUUCUUUCUCUUUGUUCCAGAGACCAAAGGCUUAGAUAUGGAAGUGAUGGAUCAGUUAUUCCGGCAGUCUUGGAGUAGUCAAGCAUCACAGAAUUUGAAGCAAUUGGACAAUUUAUUUCCGUGGUUUCGCUCCUCUUCAGAGGCUACUGGUAAUACUAUAGAAGCAGAAAAUAGAAAUCAAACCAUUACAGAUUCCAUAGAUCAGUCAGCUCACAAGGAUAGUUCAGAAUGGAAUAGGAAAGUUUCCAACAAAAGCAACGAACCUUCGUCUCUCAUCAUCAAUCCGGCCUUGCCUGACAAUUUGAGCUGAUUGGGUUUUCAGUUGGUUGACAGUUUUCAACUGUUGUAUAAACUACAAAUUUACCAGCUCUAGUUUCCCAUAGAUAUAUGUACUAGGAACGAAGCUCAUAUUACUUGGAACUUUUUAACUUUUGUUAUAUG